UUAGAUAGGCUCUGCCUCUCAGAUUUAUGGGGUUUAAACCGGCUCCUCUUCGACGCAGAUGGUUGUGUCCCAUAUGAGACCUAUAACAUGUUCAGAGUUACAUAUCUCUACUUAUCUCUUAUUUUCGAGCUCAAUAAGGAUACACUUAUACAGUCUAACAAUUACAUUGCAUCGCAUUGGAUUAGGUCUGCAUUGUAAUCAAGACCAAUGAGUUCAAUAACUUGUGCAGAGGUGCUGUCACUGUACCGGAGGAUUUUCAGGAUUGCACGUAGCUGGCAAGCUCAGAGCGCCCUGCAGCAUGACACUGACUCUGAGAGAAGCUAUAUUGUCCAGGAAGCCCGGACGCUAUUUCGACAAAACCAGCAGUUAACAGAACAGGAGUCUAUCAAAAAGUGCAUAGACGAAUGCAAUGCAAGAAUAGAAAUGGGGCUGCAUUACAGGAACCCAUAUCCCAGACCAACCUAUCUGCCUCCAAUGGGACUGGCCACACAGAAAGGCAGGAAGUUACGGACUCAACAGAAACUGAGGAAACAAGCCAAACCUGUGUAUUUACAGUCCCAGGAUGAGACGUGACAGACACACACAUGAAAACACUCAAAAAUCUAUGCGCACAAUGACAUUAAGGCUUACUUAACAGUUCAUGACAAAUUUCACCCAAAUUAUAUUAUUUCAGAUCUCAACAGAAACGUUCUAUUAAAGCCAUUUCUGUUAAUAUUAUUUCUCAAAUAAGAACAGUAUUCCUAUAUUGCAAGUGAAAGUCAGCCUGUCACUGUAAGUGUUCACACUGCCAUUGAGUCAGCAAAAGAUCCAUCUGCUGUAAAAUGUAAAAUCAUUAUUUAUAUUGUUUUAUUAUAUUAAAGUAUUUCUUACCACAA